AAGCAGAAAAGCAUCACACCUCCUGUGGAAGCCAACACUUCUCUGUCUGUAUUUGUGGAUACAAGGGUUGUGCUCCAUUGCCCUAAUGCCACCUCGGAUGCUAUGGUAGUAACAUGGUCAGUAACCUUCAGAGACAAGACUUCCUGCACCAGAGCCUACAGGACAGAUAACAACAAGAUGAGUGAGAAAACUUGUACAGACGAGAGAAUAUCCUGGGACUCCAGACCCGAUCAGAACUUUGCCCUUCGGAUUAAUCCCGUGGCCAUCACUCAUGAAGGAUAUUACAAGUGUGAAGUGGUCACAGCUGAAGGGAAUUUCUGUCAUGGGCAUCACCUCCGAGUGUUAGUGCCCCCUAAGGUGACCCUGUCUCUAGGCGAGAAUGGAACUACCGUGUGCUGGGCAGUUGCAGGGAGCCCAGCUGCACAGAUCUCCUGGACCCCAACGGGAGAUUGUCACACUGUGGAAGAACGACUGGGCAAUGACACAGUGACCGUGCAGAGUACAUGCCACUGGGAGGACCGCCAGGUGUCUGAGGUGUCCUGCUUUGUCUCCCAUGUGACUGGCAACAAGAGUCUGUCUAUAGAGUUGAAUCAAGGUGCCAUAACUCUGGAAUUUCCAACAUCAGCCUUACCGGUCAUUCUCUAUGUGAAAUUCUCUUUAUUCUUGGUUAUUAUCCUGGUCAUCGUGGGAUUCACCUAUUUCCAGAGAAUAAAUCAUUGCAGGCUGGAAGUGAGAAGGUGGUGGUCACCCCAAGGCUAUAUGGCAUGUCCAGAGGAAGAGGAUUGA